AUGAGACGUGCACGUCCAAAAUCGUACGUGCUGGCCACGUCGACCAGUCUACCAGAGACCGAGCAUCCGAUGUCAUUUAGUCGUGAUGAUAGCAGAGAGCUGUCAUCACUUGGAUCAUUGUCAUCGAUCGAUCGUUCGUCUCGAUCUGCCCAAUCACACAAUCAACCUCAGGGACAUCAUCGAAUUCAGAAAUUCAUUGCACUAUUCAGUCAUCAGAAUUCACCGGUGAAAUUACGGACGAAACGUUCGCGCACAUCAUUGCCUCUCUCAAGAAACCCCUUGCCGGAAACAACGCUCCGUGCAAGUAAAAUUGUACGACAGGGAUGGCUACGGCACCAGGAGCUGGAACUGGGAAAGAUCGGUAAGCGACGUUUGUGGGAAGAAUGCUGGGCGGUACUGAUUGAUCAGAGCCUCUAUCUGUGCCCUCAGGAGCCACGGUCGACUGUGGCGGAGAAGACUGGCGAGAAGCUCAUUCAUCUUCCACCAUGUGCUCGUGUCGAUGUGCACUCCUCGAUCAUUGACAUUGCAUACGAGUGGCUGGCGAUGAGCCGAACAAAGCACGUCAUCCGAUUGGUCACCCAAACCCGAGCCGAGCACCUGUUCGAAUUGGAUAGCCAUUUCAUUGAAAGCUUGAUCGAAGAGGCGAGGAAGAUAGGAGAUUUGAGAUGUUCAUGGGCUGAUAAUAGUCUCUGUACCGGGCAACCUUAG